AUGUUUAGUCAUCCCCCAACGUCACCUCUGUACAACAACACCAAUUCUCCAACACUGCAGGCGACCUACAACGAUGCAAUAACGGAACCGCGGUCGACAAUCCUCUCACCCAAGACCGCCGUCAUGUUCUGCCUGCGAAACUUCGUCUCGCUCCUCUUCUUCCUCACGAACGCCUCGCCCAUCUACAUCACCCUCUUCCUCUUCGGGCAAAUAUUCCUCGCGAGGCCCUGCGUGUACUGUAGCGUCCUAUUACUCGUCCUGGUCGCCACCCUCUUCGACUUCAACGCCGACUGGUUCGAGCCUCGAUGGCAGCCUUCCACCCACAGCAUCACCGAGACGGCUAGCUCGCUCUUCUCCGGCGACGCUACGGUGACGGAACUCUUAAGUGAGACGGCGAGCUUUGCCGUCGCAGCGAUCAACGGUACGGGCGGAAGUCUAGCGAGCGCGGCGCUGGAUGGGCUGAAGAGACGGGGUGGUGGCGGGAAUAUGGGUCCGGGUUCGACGGCUGCGCAGGCGGGGAGUGGUGGGGUUGAGUGGCUGAGGAGUCUGGCGGAGAAGAAGCAGUUUCGUAUACCUUGUGUGGAUGUCUAUGUGCGGUUAUGA